AUGGCACUUUCGACUCAUUUCAAGCUUAAUACCAGCGCCCAGAUCCCCGCCGUGGGACUUGGCACUUGGAGAGCUGAGCCUGGUCAGGUACGCCAAGCAGUCUCGUUCGCCCUCAAGAACGGAUAUAGUCACAUUGACGCAGCACUGAUCUACGGAAACGAGCACGAAGUCGGCCAGGGCAUCAAGGAUAGUGGUGUCCCUCGCGGAAACAUUUUCAUCACCAGCAAGCUGUGGAACACCCACCAGUCUAAUGUCUCGGAAGGUCUCCAAAAGACACUUGACGCUUUAGGCACGGACUAUCUCGAUCUCUACCCAGUCCGACUAGUUCCUAACGAAUCGAGCGCGCUUCUACCAGUCAAUCCUGAUGGCACACGAUCCGUCGACCGAUCCUGGGACCAGAGUGAGACCUGGCGCCAGAUGGAAGAGGUAUACAAGGCCAACAAAGUGAAGGCGAUUGGCGUGGCCAACUGGUCGAUUCCCUAUCUAGAGGAGCUCAAAAAGAAGUGGACCGCGGAGUGGUGCGAUAAGCAUGGCAUUCUCAUCGAGGCUUAUUCACCACUUGGCUCCGAAGGCGCUCCGCUCAUGUCCGAUUCCGCAAUUCAGGAGAUCGCUCAGAAGAAUGAUGUUUCACCCGCCACGGUACUCAUCAGCUACCAUGUCAACAGGGGCGUUGCUGUACUGCCCAAGUCUAUUAAAGAAAAUCGAAUUGCGGGCAACAGUCAAGUCAUCCUUCUCUCCAGCGAGGAUAUGGAUGUGCUGAAUGGCCUGGCUGCACAAGGAAAGGCGAAGCGUAUCAAUACGCCUCUGUUUGGAUGGGAUCUCGGUUUCGAUGACAGGUACAAGCAGUCAAGUCCCUAA